CCGAACAGCCGUCUCUGCCGCCGCCGUCACGCCGGUCCUCCGUGUCCCCUCCUGGUCCCGCCCUCCCAGUCCUGGCGCCCUAGUGCCCCUUCCGCCCACCUCCUUCCUCCUUCUCGGGCCUCCUCUAGCGCUCUCACUGGCUGCAGUCCGCGCCUGGCCCGCCAUCGGGCGGGCAGGAGGGCGGCGGCGGCUCCACCAUGAGCGACGAGGGCAGCAAUCGCUGUAGCGGGGCGGAUAGCCGCGAAGCGGAGCCGCCCCUGCCCCAGCCGCCCCCACCCCCGCCGCUCGAAGAGCUGGCCCUGGUCCCUACCUCCCCACGCUACUUGCCGCGGGUGCCCGAGCCUCUGGAGCGCACCUCCGGGUCGGGCGAGCCUCUGGUAGAGGUGGCUCCGCGGCUCAGGGGCUCGGAGGAGCCGCUGCCGCUGCCGCCGUCUCUGUUGCCCAGCGACCAGGAGGUGUCAGCGGCCGGAGACUCCUGCGAAAGUGUCAGACGCCUUCCGGAGGUGACGGUCCCCGAGGCAGCGGCGGGGAAGGGAGGCCCAGGGGAACCCGAGGCCGGCGCGUGCGGGGAAGGCGAGCGGCGAUGCAUCGGAGACCAGCCCGAGACACGCUCCGUGUGCAGCAGCCGCAGCAGUAGCAGCAGCGGAGGUGGGGACCAGCGCUCGGGCCAUCAGCACCAGCACCAUCAGCCCAUUUGCAAGAUCUGCUUCCAGGGCGCAGAGCAGGGUGAGUUGUUAAAUCCUUGCCGAUGUGAUGGGUCUGUUCGCUAUACACAUCAGCUGUGUCUCCUAAAGUGGAUCAGUGAGAGGGGCUCUUGGACCUGCGAACUGUGCUGCUAUAGAUACCACGUCACAGCCAUUAAAAUGAAACAACCUUGCCAGUGGCAGAGCAUUUCUAUAACACUGGUUGAGAAAGUUCAGAUGAUUGCUGUAAUCCUAGGAUCCCUGUUCUUAAUAGCAAGUGUGACUUGGCUCCUCUGGUCAGCCUUCAGCCCUUAUGCAGUGUGGCAGAGGAAGGACAUCCUUUUUCAAAUCUGCUAUGGAAUGUAUGGUUUUAUGGAUCUAGUGUGCAUAGGCCUCAUUGUCCAUGAAGGAGCUGCAGUUUACAGAGUGUUCAAGCGAUGGCGAGCUGUUAAUUUGCACUGGGAUGUAUUAAAUUACGACAAAGCCGCAGACAUUGAAGAAAGCAGCCGAGGAGAGUCUUCCACAAGUAGGACUUUGUGGUUACCAUUGUCAGCUCUGAGGAACAGGAACUUGGUCCACCCAACGCAGCUAACCUCACCACGGUUUCAGUGUGGCUAUGUGCUUUUACAUCUUUUCAAUCGGAUGAGGGCCCAUGAAGAUGUGUCGGAAGAUAAUGGCUCUGGGGAGGUAGUGAUGAGAGUGACGUCCGUGUGACAGACUUACACGGCAGCAGAAUGUGGAACCCUGCACAUUUUGGAAUGUAAUUGCAAUGAAUGGAAAAACCAUAGCACUUCUAAACGUACAUCCAUGAACUUUUUAAAAUCUAUGCUUUUUAUAUGAACAUUUGAAUUGCAAAUACAUUUUUUUCUGAAAAAAAAAAAGAGGCUCUUUGUUUGCUUUGUGAUUUGUUGCAUCAUUUUAAAGUUAGCUAUUG